AUGUGGUUUCUCCAGGCCUACUAUCCCGGGCUCAGUAUGGGAAUAGUGAUGCCAAUCUCAAUGGCUUCUGGUGUUUCAACGUCCAUUCUUCUCGAGACGGUAAUGCUGCGCAUCGGCCGUGAUGGAUUGUCUUGGCUUACGGCCAUGAGGACAGCUGUCGGCAUGAGUCUCAUCUCUAUGUUGACCAUGGAAGCAGCCGAAAAUGCAGUGGACUACUAUUUAACGGGAGGGCAAGUUGCUCUUGAUGAUCCAUCAUUCUGGCUGGCUGCUCUGGUGUCAAUUGCAGCGGGCUUCCUGGCGCCUUUGCCGUACAAUUACGCGAGGUUACGCAAAUACGGAAAAGCCUGCCACUGA